CCCUACCGGAUGGCCGUUAAAAGCCAGCGGGAAAUUUUUCGAGAUGCCCCUAACGGUACCAUUUGCUGCCAAGCCAUUUGCUGCUAUGUCAUCGGCUGCCACGUCAUCCUCUACUACAUCAUCUUAUGCCACGUCAUCUGCUGCCAGUCCAUUUGCUACCAAGCCAUUUGCUACUCCGUCAUUUGCUGGUACGUCAUCUGCUGCCACUUCAUCUUAUGCCACAUCAUCUGCUGCCAAUCCAUUUGCUAUCAAGCGAUUUGCUACCAAGCCAUUUGCUGCUACGUCAUCAUCUGCUGCCUCAUCAGCUGCUGCCACGGCAUCUGCUGCCAAGAGAGCAUCUGCUGCCAAAUCGUCCACAACUGCCACAUCUUCUACUGCUUUCCCAGAUGCAGGGGCGGCUCCCUCUUCCGACAAACAAAAGGAUGUUAGUGGUGACACAUCUUCUACUGCUUCCCCUGAUGCAGGGGCGGCUCCCUCUUCCGACAAACAAGAGGAUGUUAGUGGUGGACAGUCUGAGUCAACGGCGAGGGCAACAGCGACCUCGAUGAAUGCAAAGGCGGGAAAGAACAAGUCUGGGACGGAAAUCAGGGGACGGGCAUUGGUUCUUGCAAGUUCGUAUCUCACAUCCGAAGGUUACGAUCUAUGGAAGAAGAUGAUGAAGGAGGAGAGGGGUGUUGUGAUGGCGCUGCGCGCCUAUGGCUGGAACCCCGUAGCAGCCACAUCCGUGCUCAAGCCUCCAAUGAGGGAACAUGCGGGAGCUGCACCCACUGGCAGCUCCCACCAGCAGUGGACCAUAGAGCUCCCCUGGAGGACGUGGAGGAGGAGGAGGAGGAGGAGAACAAGGAGAAUAUCCUACGCAUGUGAAGCAAUGGGUUACGUUGAAGCUCAAGAGGGAGCAGACAGCAGAACAGCAUUCCGACAGGCUGAGAAGAAGUACAAACGCUACAAAGAACCAGCUACUGCGCGGCGCAGUCGAAGGGGCAAGGGAGGAAGAGGAGGUGGAGGGGGAGGAGGAGGAGGAGGUGGAGGAGGAGGUAAUCACACUCCCAAUACCAAAUAUGGUGUGGAUAUACCGAGGACAGAUAUGUCAGAAGUUAUCGAUUUUCUUGAGCUUGAAGGGGAAGGCUUUUUGGAAGAGAGCAAUGGCCGUGCUGCUGAUGUCGAUGCCGUCCGGCAAGGGAUUCGACGCCUGAAGGGGGACUACGACUGGCCUGUCUUCACGAUUGACAAACAUCCAGGCUUCUACUUCCUCUCACAUGCUCUGACACCCACACAGCAAGCUCAUCUGGUCAAGCAGAGCCUGACACAGUUUCCACAGCCGCCGAACCGGACGAAUCACAAUCCUUUCUAUGGUCCACUGCGCGAUCUCUGGGAGAACGCACAGCAGGACUGCGUACUUGUCCAUACCAGCCAUCUCUUCUGUCACGAGCAACUCCCGGGUAACGAGAACUUCCCUCAUAAUGCAGAGAGCACUGUGAUUGAUGACAAAGUCAAGAGCAUUUUCGCCUCCCAAGUACAACCAGCUCCUCAACAACCACCUCCUCAGGGUCCUCCUCCUACUGAUGCUUUCGCUUCUGCGUCUACAGCGGCUGCUGCUUCUGUUGCUACUGUCACGCUUGCUGGCAAGGAUGUGCCGGCAGGUAACAAUCUGAAAGAGGGAAAACAGGAGGGUGGAGAAUGUAACGGUGAUGAGCUGAUUAGCAGUAAUUCCGAGUCUACCGAACCUGAUGGACAUCAGGAUAAAGUUGCGGGGGAUGCGUCGACAUCUGCUAGCCAAGCGGAGGGGGUUGGUGGGGAAUCGCGAGAAGCCGACACUCGUCUAGUGACAACGUGGAAGUUUGUACCGCAGCCAUCUGUCAGUAUCAAGGCUUGUGACGCUGCACGAAGUAGGUCUGGACAAAGAGGUGAUUGUGGCACCAUCAGAGCAGGUGACGUGCCAGGGACGAGCAGGACUGCAGAGGAAAAACAGGAGGAGGAGAGGGUGGAGGUGCAGGACGACGAGGAGAGGGGGCACAGAGCAGGAGUGUCUGGUUCUAAGGACGUGGUGCCGGCGAAAGUCUUGUUAAGGAAGUUGCGAUGGGCGACAGUGGGGAUUCAAUUUGAUUGGGGGAGGAAAGGGUACGAUUUCACUCUUCCUAGAGGAGAUUUCCCUGAGCAUUUGACCGUGCUCGCUUCAACGCUGGCUAGACCAGCACUUGAAUAUGAAAACGAUGGUGGGCGUGCACAAGAGAGUGGCCAUGGCUUUCGAGCAGAGGCAGCCAUCGUCAAUUUCUAUGGUCCAGAUGACACUUUGGGAGGUCACUUGGACGAUAUGGAGGGAGAUCUGAGCAAACCAAUUGUGAGCCUAAGUCUAGGCCUGUCAGCCGUGUUCCUUAUUGGUGGAGAAUCGCGGGAGGAUCCUCCGACAGCUAUGAUUCUGAGGAGUGGUGAUGUUGUCUUGAUGGCUGGGCAUGCCAGACAUUGCUACCAUGGUGUCCCUCGGAUCUUCACGGACGAUGAUGGUCCACAAGUCAAUCGUAGCAAGGGGAUAAGAGGUUUUGACGAGCCCUGGUUCUCGCCUUUCCGGGGGUAUAUAAGGCAAUCGCGGAUCAACAUCAACAUCCGGCAAAUAUCCCACAAAAAUCCCUCUCAGCCCUACUCCGGCAAGUCUUACCGUGAUGGAGCCACCAUCUCCACCGCUGCUGUACCCUCCUCGCCUUUGACAACCUUUAGCAGCAACAGCAACGGCCAUGCCGCCGGAGUGAAACAGCAUUCGGAACCAUCCAUGAAGUGGUGGCUGCACAGCGUAUCAAGCAGCAGGUGCCACAACAUCAGAUGUGCAGCAGAUGCAGCAGCCGUGCUGUUUCAGGUCAGUAACAGUAUAGCGGCAGCUCAGCAGCUGUACGAGCAGCAGCGGCUCAGUAGCAGCUGCAGCAGCAUUACCACGGCAGGUCUGCCAGGUCAGCAGCAGUUGAACCACUACCGUCUUCACGCGAAUAGAAUGCCCGGUCAUUACAGCUGCAUUUGGCACGACUUCCCAGUCCAGCUGCAGCAGCAGUUGGGGGAUACCAGCAGCUCAGCUGCAGGUCAGCAGAAGCAGCGGUGCCGUAACACCUCAGCAGCAUUGUAGCAGCAGCAGGCUUGCAGAAUUAGCAGCAGCAUCAAGAAGAGAGCAGCAACAGCAACACCAACAGCAACAGUAGUUACUCAUAGCAUCAGGACUGGCGAUAAAAUGUGAAUAACAAAUGAAUACCUCUGUC